GAAUACAGCGUGAAUAACUGGUACGGCCGUACCGGCUGCCGUACUAUGGAAACGUCACGGGGUCAGAGUUGAACGGAGAGAAAACAAGCAGCAUGGAGACAGAAGAGAGGAGGAGGAGAGGAGGUUCUGCUAAAAGCUCCAAAAAAGGUGGGAAAUGUGUCAAAGUACGGACCGCCGAAGAAGAAGCGAGGAGGAGAGAGGAGGUGAAGGAGAGGCUGAGGGAGAAGCUGGAGCUGGAGAGGAGAGCCCUGGAGGUAGUGGAGCGCCUCCUAGAGGACAGCGUGGCUGAAGACUUCCUGAUUGACUGUGCCAAGCUCAUAACUCCUGCUAACUACAAAGACACAGUGGAGGAGAGAUUCAUCGCCAAACUGUGUGGUUAUCCUGUAUGUCCAAACAAACUGGGCAAGAUCCCAAAUCAACGGUUUAAAAUAUCUACCAAAACAAACCGGGUCUAUGACAUCACAGAGCGGAAGUGUUUUUGCAGCAACUUCUGCUACAAAGCUUCCAAACACUAUGAGCUGCAGAUAUCGAAGACGCCUCUUUGGCUCAGGCAGCAUGAAAGUCCCCCAGAGGUGAGGUUGCUGAAGAAAGGAGAUGGUGGGAGCUCUGGUGAGGAGGUGCUGCUGUCCGAUAGGCGCCUCAAAAAGGAGGACAUCGAGGACCCCCCGACCGCCCCGCCUCAGGACCCUCCUGGCUCCGAGCGCAGCGCCGCAGGAAGUGACCUCAGUCAAAGCGGCGACAGCGAACAGGAGCAGGACUUCGUCUCCAGCGUGGUUCCCCAGCGCCGGAGAGCCCAGGUGAGCUGGGCUGACCUGCCCGAACACACGGACGGAGACGGGAAGCAGAGCGAGCAGCGACAGAUUGAUGACACUGAGGAGAGGGGGAGAGCAGGAGGAGAGGACGCGUUUCCUGAGAACAGACCUGUGGAGGAGGCCGCAGCAAAGCUGAACGAGUGUAGCGUGUCAGAGAGCGUCCACCCCAACUCUGAGCUGCUGGAAACUGGAAGCAAACAGGCUCCAAACCCGGCGGCUCUCAGCAUCACCCGGGUGGGGAUGAGCCAGAGAGGAGCAGCUGGGCUGCGGGAUCUCCUGAACACCCACACUGGAGAAGCCAAUCCUGUCACGGUGCGGCUCAAUCUGCUGGCGUGCCUGAGGAGGACGCUAAAGGAGUGGUGCACAGACGACACUCUGAGCUUCCUGUACGGAGCCGACCAUUCUCUGGAAUCCCCGUUAUCCAACCUAAAGGAAACGCAGGAAGAAGAGCUGGACGAAGAUGACCUCGAGGAUGACAACGUGACGGAGCCAGGCGCCGAAGAGCGGGACAGGGGGCGGUCGGCUGCAGCUCCGGACUACGAGACGCUGAGGAAGGAGACGGAGCGGCUGCAGCUCAGAGUCACAGAGUUUUACAGAGGGACGUGGAUUCUGCCUGAGGAGGAGGAGGAGAUGAAGCUCAGCAAGGAGACAGAAUCAAAGGAUCCAGUUUUGCCACUGAUUGAUUCCCAGGCUCAGAACCUCAUCCAGAAACGGAUUACAGUGGAGAAACUCAGCAGCUGUCUCAGGAACGUCGUAGGUCCGGUGGGCCUCACCAUGAGUGACAUCUCCACGGACCUGAACAACCUGGUCAGGACUUUCAGGUUCAGCAACACCAACAUCAUCCACAAAACCCCAGAGUGGACGCUGAUAGCUGUGGUGCUUCUGCAUCUGCUGUCCUUCGUGUCUCCGGUGGUGCGGGACGCCCUGGAGGUGUCGGCAUCAGCGCAGUAUUUGGACUCUCUGAUGGAGGAGCUCGGCCUGCAGCAGCACGACCUUCGCAGCGUGGUUGAGCUCUUUAAAUCCUCAGCAAACUGAUGAAAAGUUGACCCGAAGAUGUAUAGUGAAUAAUUUUAAUCGGAUUAAAAACGGAUCAUUUAAAGAAAUGACGAUU